AUGCUCCUCGCCUUCUCCAUGUCAAUCAUUGUGCAGACAGUGUCAUAUUCCGGUUUUAGAUAUCUUCUGUAUAAGAAUAAAAAACUAAAAGCAUCUCUCCAAAAACGUGGCUCCGCCCUCACCAAAAGAUACCAAGUCGAAGAAUCCCUCCGAUCCCUCGAAACAAUAUCAGUCCCCAUUCAUAUGAUGUUCUUUUUCGAAGUCUUCCACAGUCUCUCCUCAUUUUUAUUCCUCAAUUUUAACGCCCUGAUGCCACGUCAUUGGUACUAUUUUUGGAUGGAGUUAUCAGCAUGUCUACCGGAAUAUGCUAUUGCUUUCUUUGUGGCUUUUGUACUCCAGGAGAAGAAAAUAGAGAGAAAGGGUAAAACAUCGCUGAGAAGAGAGAUGGAGGUGAACCCAGAUCACUACUUCGAUCAAUACAAUAGAUCGUGGACAACCGGUCAAACACUAAAAUUUUGA